AUGAAAGUUGUGAGCAUGGAGACGGAGAAGAAGUGCGGUUGCUGGGCUGUCCUUAAACGCGGCGUUAGAGGUGCGUGCAAACCUUCAGCUUCCAGAGACUCUGCUAACACUAUCCCUCGUACUAGUCUCGUUUAUGAUGCAGCAACCGAGACAAGAUACCUGAAUGCUAGCAAUCGAGAACUUUGUCCUCCCCUUGAAGCUCGUUUAUCUUCUGAUAAUCCUGAUCCCCCACCCCAGGAGAAUAAGGCUCCUUGCCAGCUCCUUCAAUUUACAUUUCAAGAACUUAAAGCUGCGACUGGAAAUUUCAGACCUGAUAGCAUUCUUGGGGAAGGUGGCUUUGGUUAUGUUUUCAAAGGAUGGAUUGAGGAAGGUGGAACCUCGCCAGCUAAACCUGGGUCAGGGAUUACAGUGGCUGUCAAAAGCUUGAAGCCAGACGGCCUUCAGGGCCAUAGAGAAUGGGUGGCUGAAGUUGACUUUCUUGGACAGCUUCACCAUCCUAACCUUGUGAAACUUAUCGGUUACUGCAUUGAAGAUGAUCAGCGGCUUCUUGUUUAUGAGUUUAUGACCCGUGGAAGUCUAGAAAAUCAUCUAUUCAGAAGAACCGUACCUCUCCCGUGGUCCAAAAGGGUUAAGAUUUCCCUUGGUGCAGCAAAAGGAUUGGCCUUCCUCCAUAAUGGUCCAGAACCAGUCAUUUAUAGAGAUUUUAAAACAUCUAACAUUUUGCUUGAUACGGAGUAUAAUGCGAAACUUUCAGAUUUUGGUCUAGCAAAAGCAGGACCACAAGGAGAUAAAACGCAUGUUUCUACCAGAGUAGUUGGAACUUAUGGUUAUGCUGCUCCAGAAUAUGUCAUGACAGGACACUUGACUGCUAAAAGUGAUGUUUAUAGCUUUGGAGUUGUGUUACUUGAGAUACUAACAGGAAGAAGAUCAAUGGACAAGAAGCGCCCAAGUGGGGAACAAAAUCUUGUUUCUUGGGCGAGGCCAUACUUAGCUGACAAGCGAAAGCUGUACCAGCUUGUGGAUCCUCGCCUCGAGCUAAAUUAUUCUCUAAAAGGAGUGCAGAAGAUUUCCCAGUUAGCUUAUAGUUGUCUUAGUAGAGACCCCAAAUCUCGCCCCAAUAUGGAUGAAGUUGUGAAAGCUCUGACUCCAUUGCAGGAUCUUAAUGACCUUGCAAUUUUGUCUUACCACUCUCGCUUGUCUCAACAAGGGAGACGAAAGAAGAAAGAUGGAACUCCACAUAUCACAUACACACAAUCCAAGAGCAUGAGGGCCUCUCCCUUGAAUACCGGCAAGCAGCAUCGAUGA